AUGGGUUGUGUUCAGAGCUUCAGGGAUAUGUGCGAUCGUCAAAAAAACACUAACGUUCGUAUGAGCCUUCCAGCUGUUUGCUUCGUGUGGCAAACAGCCAUGAUCAUCUUAUUUGGGGUUUUUAUUCGGUACAACGAAGAAGCAGAUACGCACUGGAUAGAGCACAGAAAGAAAAACAACAUAUCAAGUGACAUUGAGAAUGACUUCUACUUCAGGUAUCCAAGUAAGUGGCUUAAUUUGCUCUCUUUAAAAUCAUUUUUCUUAUGUGAUCUUUUUUUAAUCUCUUCUUUAAACAUCACAACACUUACACAUCUUUCCUUAAUCUAUGUAAUACAAAAUGAAUAUCUACAUCUUUAUGAUUCCACAUUUCACAUAAUUUUAAGUGUUAGUUUUAUCAUUUUGUUAAUAUUGUCAAUUUUUAUUGGGGUUAUAUCUGUGCCAGCCUGAGUUACAAAGAUGAUGUUCAUUCUCAGGCUGUGUUGACCAAUCAGAUGCUUCUUGUACUGCUGACAAGGAUCUUACACUUACAGGUGCACUGUUCCCCUGAGGUGUGACUCUCUCCAGCUCAGGCUUUUUUUUUCUUUUUAUGUCAUUUAAACUUGAAUAGUGUUCCUCUUUGAGUGGAUACAUUCUUUUUCCUAUUUUCACAAUGUAUUACAUAAUUUGGGUUGUAUUUGUGAGUGUGUUGUUUGGGUGUGGUUUUAGUGGAGACUUCCACAGCAUUUUGUGGUGUCAGUGACAGACUAUCACAAAGAGAUCUCAGAUUUGGUGUUUGAUGUCAGUUGAUAAAUGUACACCCUGACACAUUCGGCUGUCAGGAGAGCUAAAAGGCAUCUCAUUAACGUCACGUCUUUUUUUUUUUUCUAUUAAGUUACCGAUGUGUUUGAGGACAUAGAACUCAGUCUGAUUCAAAAGCUCCUGAAAAACUACCCUGUUUCUUUCAAAACAGUGGAGAGCUAUUGUGCCCCGAGGUGUGUCAAACUGUUACAGUGUUACGAUGUAAAGAAUACUCAGUUGUUGUUGAUGCUGGUAUCCAGACUCUGUUGUUUGAUAGUUUUGAUAGACAGUGACUGUGUUAAGAAACAGACACCUGUUUUCACACACCAAAAGUCAUAGAAGGAGAGGUUUUGGCUUUCAUCAUUAUAACGUUAUCUUUUUCAAUUAAACAUAUUGUUUAUCUUCUGUUUUGACAUUGUAAAAAUCAGUGAUUCCUACACGGCUAGAGUAUGUUUAGUGAUAUACUUGUAUAUUUAUUGACUGAAAAACAUGUUUUAUGCUUAUGUUAAUAAUGUCCUUGUCAUGUCCAUUUGAUUGCCUCCUCUUACCUAAUAUGCCCUCAUGUGGUCCUGCACUGUGGGGAGAUGUUGUCAAAGCAAACCAUCUGUGUAUGGUGUCUUCACGUGUAUGUCUUAAUAAUGAUAAUAAUAAUAAUAUAUCUUAAUACCUACAUAUUUCUUAACCUUGAUGGCUAAUUAAACAACACCAUUAAGUGGUUUAUAGAAAUUAUUGGGAUAUUAUUCUAUUUUUUAUUUUUUGACAGAUAUACUUCAAUCAGGGGAGUCUCAUUGUUGUUGAACUGAAAAAAUAAUACAGCAGGUAAAAUGCUCAGAUAUUUUCCAAUGUUUAAGGAGCUGUGAUAUGAAAGUUGUUCUCCUUCCCUUAAGUCUAUUAAUUACUCUGCAUGGUUGAUAUUUACUUUUAUUUUAUAUAGAAAAACAAUUCAAGGUUGGUGUCAUUGGUCAGUUCUUGGGACCACUUUAAUAUCACAUCUUUCACUCAGCUGCCACAUUUAGAUCAGCUAAUCACCUUCACACAUGUUGUGGUAAGGGAGCUUGCAUGCUUGCAUACUUCUGUGAACCCUGAGAGCUUUGUCAUUGGGAGGCAACUCCUGGCAGGUUUUACCAAAUUGGACAGGUCGAGGGUGAGGAGCUGGACAAAACACAGUCAAGCAUUUUCUUGUAAAGUGACCAAUGGCGAAUGGUCUUUCCAAUUUUCAUUUUUAUAUCACCAACUAUACAUGAUAUUACUGCUGUAAUGAGAUGGCGGCCAUCUUUAAAAUGGCAGCCAUCGAGAAAUUUCAAGCAGCUCGGGGCAUUUUCUUGUUGAGUGAUUCAUGAAGACUGUUCAUUCCAAUUUUCAUGGCUAUAUCACCAAUUAAACAAGUACAUCACCUAAUUGUUCCACUUAGAAAUUUUAAAUGGCUGGGACACUUAUCUAGUAAAGUGACCCAUGGAGAAUGUUCAUGCCAAUUUUCAUCCUUCUAUCACCAACUAAACGAUUCUGGCGAAAAUUUGUACUUGGCCGCUGCACUAACACUACUGACUGUGCCAUUGGGGGCACGAAAAAAAUAGACUCUCAAACAUCAGACAAUAAGAGCCUCAGAUUGAACAGUGAACCCUCCACUCUCCAGCUGACCACUGGGCCAUAGCUGUCCACAACUUCAUAACUCCUUAAAACACACAGUGAGACAAUGAUCACAACACUCUGGAAACAGGGCUACAAGAAGCUUCAUGGCUGAUCCUGCAUCAAACCAGCGUCAUGUUAGAUAAAUAGUUGUGUUUGGUAAGACCUGAAGCCUGUAAAAAGUCAUCCAGAACAAAUAAAACAUGAGCUUGCACAUGUAUCUGGUUUCCAGGAUAUAGACUGAAAGCAAGCCACCUCCACACAGAAAGGGCUAUAAAUUAAAUAAAUAGAUGAAAUAACAGCACAGUUAUCCUUUUUCUUUUAUUGUGCCAAUUUCCUCUGAACUUUAUCUCCUUAAUAUGUCUGUGCCCGGAAGGUUUCCAGGAUGUUCAUGUGAUGAUCUUCGUUGGAUUUGGUUUCCUGAUGACAUUCCUCAAGCGGUACAGCUUCGGCGCAGUCGGGUUCAACUUCCUCAUCGCAGCCUUUGGACUCCAGUGGGCGCUGCUGAUGCAAGGCUGGUUCCACGCCCUGGACUACUCUGAUGGAAAGAUCAAAAUUGGAGUUGAAAAGUAAUUUUUCAUCUCUAGUACUCAAUUUUGAAUAGUUAGAAGUAAGUAGUUAUUUUUUGACAAAGGUGUGCAAUAUACAGCAGAUGUUAUGUAAGUGAUGUUUUUUUGUCUGGGUCUGUUUUUGUCAGUUAAUACGUCUCAGGAAUAGUCCACCUGCAUGGUUUCUGUUAAAAAAUCACAGAGAUACACAGUGAGAUCAACCAGGGAAACCAGUCUGACCAACUGAUUUCUUCAAGAUGUUUUCCAGAAACAUUAGAUACAGUCCACACAGAGACAUGGGCUAGUGAGAAGGAAUAUCAAGCUAGGGUGCAAGCAGAUUUCAGGUGUCACGACACGCAUGAGAGGUUUACACCUUUUCUGUAUUUAACAGAGAGUGAGAAAAUAGAUUGAUAUAUUCCUGUUUCUGAGCAAAAAAUAAAAUAAAAUAAAAUACCUAACCAGCACUGAUUUCAGUUUAAAUCACUCCCCCUGACAUUGUCACCGUUUUCUCUCUUCUCAGUCUGAUCAACGCCGACUUCUGUGUGGCAGGCUGCUUAAUCGCUUAUGGGGCAGUGCUCGGUAAAGUGAGUCCAGUCCAGUUACUGGUUCUGACUUUGUUUGGGAUCACAUUGUUUGCUGUGGAAGAAUAUAUUAUCCUUGACCUCAUUCAUGUAAGUUGAACCAAAAUUUAUUAUAAUUAGGUUUUUUAUUAUGGUUAUAAAUAAAAUUUAGGAAUACUUGUGCAGAUAUAUAAGCCCAGUUAAAUGAAAGCGAAAACAGGAGUUGUACAUCAGAUGGAGUUCUCAAAUGUGUGUAUCUUUGGUCCCACAAUUGUAUAUGUUCAGUAACUUGGGACACUUUAUAACUAAAAAGUAAAAAAAAUAUCUUUGUAGUUAUUUAAUCCACUGAAAUUAUUAUUGGCAGCAAAGGUCUGAAAUGUAUGUUCAAAAGUUGCUAUGCUUUUUCUAUACAUUGAUUCAAUGUAUUAUCCAAUUCUGUCAGUAUCAAAAGCCGAUUCUUUUUAUGAAUGUUUUGUUAUGACGUAUUUUUUCAAAGGUAAGUGGGGAUCAACCUCAUGCUUUAAACUCAUAAGGUACAUGUAAGUCGGUGUUUCACAGUGUUUCACAUACUCAUGUUAAUGUUCUCUUCCCUACAGGCCAGAGAUGCUGGAGGCUCCAUGGUGAUCCACACAUUUGGAGGUUAUUAUGGUCUGGCCAUCUCAUGGAUGCUCUAUAGACCAAACCUGGACCAGAGCAGCCGUCUGCAAGGCUCAGUCUAUCACUCAGAUGUCUUUGCCAUGAUUGGUGGGCAUAAUUUAGAACAUGUCUCUUUUUCAUGUGUUAUUUUGGGGGAAGUCUGAACCCAGUCCAUCCAUUUCCUGCGAACAGGCACCCUCUUCCUGUGGAUGUUCUGGCCCAGCUUCAACUCAGCCAUCACAGAUCAUGGGGAUGGCCAGCAUAGAGCAGCCAUCAACACCUACCUGGCUUUGGCUGCAACUGUACUCACCACUGUGGCUAUCUCCAGCCUCUUCCAGAAACACGGGAAACUUGACAUGGUGAUAAAUAACACAGUUGGAUUGUUUGUACAAAACUUCCAGUGAAUUGAAAUCUGAUGAUAAUAGAGGCAUUUUUCUGCUCUUGUCCCUCAGGUUCACAUUCAGAACUCCACUCUUGCUGGAGGUGUUGCCGUGGGAACUGCAGCAGAGUUCAUGCUGAUGCCCUAUGGAUCUCUGAUAGUUGGAUUCUGCUGUGGCAUCAUCUCCACACUGGGCUACAUCUACCUCACAGUAUGAGUUUUGAGUUACAAGCUAAAAUCACUCUAUUGGCUCUUAAAUCUGUUGUAAUUGUCACUGCUUCCUAAAGUGAAUUCAGAUCUAAUGCAGUUUUAAACUGAUUUCUAUCUUUUAGCCAUUUAUGGAGAAGUAUUUGAAGAUCCAGGACACUUGUGGGAUCCAUAACCUGCAUGCCAUGCCAGGAGUUAUUGGUGGUAUUGUGGGAGCCAUUACAGCAGCAGCUGCAUCAGAAUCAGUUUACGGAGCAGAGGGGUGAAGAAAUAUCAGCUUUAUUGACUUUGAUGCGUAAUUAACUGCCAGCACAAGACCAGAAAAUGAUAUGGUAAUGUUUGUUUCCUCAUUUUUUUACUCUGAAAGGCUGACACUGAGUUUUCCUUUUCUGAAUUAAAGGCUGAUAAACACCUUCGACUUUGAAGGCGAGUUCAAAAACACCGACCCCACUCGGCAGGGUGGUCUCCAGGCUGCAGGCCUCUGUGUGGCCAUCUGCUUUGGUGUAGGAGGAGGCAUCAUGGUUGGUAAGGAAAUUACCACUGCAGCUAUUAUAAUCGCUGUAACUGAACAUAAAUGGCAGACAUGUAAAUAAUGUGAUGCUAUUAUCAGAUUAGAUAUGAUUGUUGACACAUAUUGCAUAGUAGGUUGUGUGUUUUGGGAUAAUGACUCCAUUUGUAUUCCUCUCAGGUUGUAUUUUAAGAUUACCUAUCUGGGGAGAUCCAGCUGAUGAUAAUUGUUUUGAUGAUGAGCCAUACUGGGAGGUGAGAGACAGCAUCGACAAUAAUCUGUACAUUCACAAUUUAGUGUCAUUAUUGUCACCAAAGAAAUUGUGGAGCUGCAUAGAAUGACUACUGUCCAUCUAACAGAUCACAUGCCUGUUUUCUCAUAACCUUUGAGAAAGAGUAAUGAAGUUAUGUUACAGCGAUUUUUUAAUAGAAAGUUUGGAGAGAUGCACUUUUCUAAAAUCUUUAUUGUAGCUAGUCUCCAGCAACUGCUCAUAUAUUCCUCAUCUCUCUGCAUUUCUGGAGCCUGUCAAAUAAUCUGACCCAAUCUAAUUGAAGGGGUUUUUCCGAUUAAAAGCAGUUCAGGACCAAGUUUAGCUCUUAUAAAACACGCUCAUUUUUACAUAAAUAUAAAUCUUGGCAGCUAUUUAUGGUUUGUUAUGCAGUUCUUGUUUUGCAACAACUUACUGUUAUGUGUUUAUUAUCCGGAGGCAGUUUUUUUUCCAGCAUGAGUUGGAUAGAUCAUUCUGCUGCCACUACUUUUUUCAAAUGUUUAUAAUUUUGCAGUUCAUGACACACCUAGUGCACCUAAGGUAUGGUUGUUGGAUCACUGUGUCAUGAUAGUGUCAAUUGUUUCAGGUUCCCGAAGAUGAAGAAAGCAUCCCGCCAAUCCUCCAGUACAACAACCACAUGCAGAACAAAGACAUGUGAGUGUUUCUUGACUGUAUCUUACAACAACAUCCUGCUCAAGGAGACACACUGUUCCUUUAGCAAAGAUUCAAUACAGGGAUGGUGCCUUUGUUAGUGUGACAUGUGAUGCAUUCAGUGUCCUGAUGGUGGCAGCAGAUCCCAACUUGCCAAUCGGUAUGUGACGCUGUGAUUCCUGCCCUUUGUUGGGUAUUUCUGUUCAUAGUGUUGAUUACAGUGUUAACACAUGCAGCAAGGGUGCUGCUGCAGACAGCAUGGCACCUCUGCUGUCACUCAGUGAGAGCUGCAUUAUGAAAUGCUGAUGCAAACCCUUCAGCUCUGCGCCCCCUCAUGAGGUUCACCUGUGCUGUUUGUUGAUUUUCACGGCACAGCUCUGCACAUGCAUGCGGUCUCUCAAAGUCACCUUGAUGUUGAGUCGUAUUAGUCAUGCUUACUAAAAAAAAAAAGGAAAUGAAACAAUGGGGGAAAAAAUAAGAGGCUUGGAUUCCUAAAAGUUUUCUGAUAAUUUUAAGGCCAAAUAUACAAAAAUGUUUGUUUGUGAUAAUGUUUGUUUCCUUCUUACACAAGCCAAGAAUUGAAAAAGAAAAAUCUACAUUUUAACAGCAAUUGCUUUUGAAUUUGUAAGACUAAAUAAAACCAUCUUAAUUAAUACUGUUUUUCAUGCAGUGUGUGGCAUUUGUGGUUUUAAUUUUCAGAGCGGAGUCAAAUUUCACCAUGGAUCAAAACUGA